UUUAAGAACUAGAUUUUUUAGUGCAGUGUGAUUUUGUGUUGCAAUAAAUUUAUAACAACUACAUGUUAUAGUUUUAAUAAGUUAGUUUGCUGCACUGCUGUGAUUUUUUGAAAUAACAAUGUUACCAUUGCUUACCUUGUUGCCUUUUACGUUUUUACUGUUACUUAUUGCGCCUUCUUUGGUAUUAUUUAGUAAUAAUAGUUCUACUAAUCACAAUACUAAAAUAUCAUUCAACAGCAAAAUGAUAAAAGAAAUUCCAAGUAAUGACACGUGCGUGGACAACCUCUCACCAGCUGAAGAUUGCUUCCAACAUUUCAAAUUAGCAAUUAUAUGGUCACCAGGCUACGCUUACAAGCAAAAAGUCGAGAAUAAUGCACAAAUAAAAAAAAUAAACACAAAACCAGAAUGGAUAAUUCAUGGUUUUUGGCCAUCUAUGAAUAAUAGAACUGAUGUGCCCGAAAAAUGUGGUACAACUGAUAACAAAUUUGACGCUAACGGUCUGAAAACAAACGGACUGAUGGACGAACUUGAGGAAUGUUGGUAUUCAAUUUUAGAAAAUAAAACUAAUAUACAAUCUUGGGAGGAUGAGUUUGAAAAUCAUGGUAGUUGUGCGACUAGAGCCGAUCCCAUCAGAGAUGAUGUAGAUUACUUCAGAAAAACUAUUGAAUUGUUCUACAAUGUUAAUCUAGGUGGUAAACUCACUAGUGGUGAAUUCAAACCGGGUGAUGUAAGAAAGUUGAAGGAUGUAAAGAAUAUUAUUAACAAACAGAUUGGCGCUGAAGUUGAAGUUAACACAUUUAAAUAUAAAAAUCGAUUGAUUUUGACGGAGGUGUAUGUUUGUUACAAUUUGGCAUUGGAUAUGAUAAAUUGCCCUAAUACGAAUUCACCACAGGAUGAUUUGGAGAAUUACGUCAUUUAUUCAGCAGAUUUUCAAUAGUGUGAUCAUUGUUUUAAUAAUUUUGUAUCGACGUUAUCCGAAUCCCAAGUACUAAAUAUUAUAAUUGCAAAAG